AUGUAUCUUGUUCGCGGCAUAGUGACCGCCGCGACCGCUCCCUAUCAGAUAUACAAGGAUCUGAAUCCGUCCACACUGACUGGCGCAAUCGACGUCAUAGUUGUCGAAAGGCGGGCAGAAAAUGGUGAAACAGAGUUGGCGUGUAGUCCCUUCCAUGUGAGGUUUGGAAAGUGGCAAGUAUUGCUACCUGCAGACAAGAAGGUUUCCGUGUAUGUUAAUGGCAAACCGAUGCCCUUUAACAUGAAGAUUGGCGAAGCAGGUGAAGCUUUCUUCGUCUUCGAAACGGAUGAAGAUGUCCCAGAAGAAUUAAUGACCAGUCCCAUUCUCGAGCCUGUGCGACCUGGUCAAGAAUCGAGAAAACUUGCUGGCAGUGGUCGGCUUAUUGGAAGAUUUGGGACACAAACGGCGCGAGCAAAGGAUGAGAACGCGUUGCUGGGCGAUGCUUUAGUUUCGGGAGAUGAAGGAAGUAAAACCGGGGUGACAUCAGACCAGGAGCCGGAGUUUCUGGACCUUUCUAAUCCUUCCGCACCACGGCCCCGUGGUUACUCACCAACCCCAUCCCUUUCACCUCCUAUGUCUACUAGUACCCUUGAAACUGCUACUCUCCCUGCAUCAACCCCUCCAACAGAACACGGCUCCCUCCCGCGAUCCUUCUUAUCCAAAGCAUUCAACGCAACCAAGGCUGCCGCUCAUAUCACCGCUGAAGAGAUAGAAGAAAAGAAGGAUGCCGCGUAUGAUUUACUAAGGUACUCCAAAGGAUCAGGGGGAAUCGACGGUGUAGAUCCCUCGGAUGGCGUGGAUGAAGAAGAAGCUCUGAAGCUGCGCGAGGCCGCCCAGCCACCUGAAAUCCGGUAUGGCCAUAAUGUUGUACUUGACAUGGCAGGUUACCACUCCAAAUCUCAAGCAGUGGAUGAGAGCUCCACGGAGCCAGAAAGUUCACCGUCGCAACCGCGAAGACCAUCCCUUUCGAAGGCCAAGCCUCAUUCUGAUAUGACCCUGUCACCGUCGGUUUCGCAUGCUCCGUUCACUCGUGGCUCGUCGGAGCCACCCGAACGUAUACCCGUUACUCAAGACGAAUAUAGCUGGGAGUGGGGCGCGAUGCCAAAACUAUCAUCAGAUUCUCAACUAGGAGGCAGUCCAAGCGCUAGUACUAUCCGGGGUAAUUCUUCGCCAAAUCUUCCGACCAUUCCUCUUGCCGAGCCUCGCACGCCUCCUUCAAAUAUCAUUGGAUUGGGACACCCAUCGCGGAUUAAUCCUCGACCCGAAUCCCGACCAGUAUCCGAUUCUGACUCACUUUUUGGUAAUGGAGGUACACUCGUUGUCGAAAACGAUGACGAGAAUGAGCAGAUAUCAAUGGAACACAAUGGAAUCAAACGUUUGACAUUCGAAUUGAGCCUUUGUGGCGAUUCGCCAUCUUCCCUGGACCCUCCAGAGGCUGCAAAACAGUUUUUGGCAUCCAAAAUCACAUUGCAACGCUUACUUGAGGACCCCUCGACCGUACACAGCGAAAAAUUGAUUAUUCGUUGGGAUGAAAAAUAUAUUUCGAGAACAGAUGGAACACCCUUGUUCGACGCCCUUGUGGCUUGGAGAGAUAAUACAUUGGCCCAACAAUUAUCUGCGGCAUCAAAUUCUCGAAAUAAUACUCCUCGUGGUCGAUCGAGUUGGCUAUGGUGGGGUAGAAGUCGCAGCGAUCGUCCUGGUACCAUCGACAACGAGGGGGCGCGAGCGACCGAGCGGCCUAUGCUUUCCGAUCCGCCUUCUGCGCCGGCUGGCUUGGACUUGGAUGGGGCAUCUAACCGGGCCGCCUCCCCUAUUUCACCUACAAGUGAAAACGAGUCGGAAACUACACCCAAUAAGCAUUACGUGAAAACUCUGCGCUUGACCUCAGAACAACUUAAAUCAUUGGAUCUAAAAAAAGGGGCCAAUAGCAUCACGUUUUCUUUGUCCUCGGGAGUGGUCGCCUGCACGGCGCGGAUCUUCCUCUGGGAUGCGCACGAUCAUAUUGUCAUCUCUGACAUUGACGGGACCAUUACUAAGUCUGAUGCACUUGGCCAUGUGUUCACGAUGAUUGGUCGUGACUGGACUCACCUCGGGGUCGCAAAACUUUACACAGAUAUUGCGCGAAAUGGGUAUAAGAUAAUGUACCUCACAUCACGCGCAAUUGGACAAGCAGACUCUACAAGGGACUAUCUAAAGGGAAUAAAACAGAACAAUUUCCAACUACCUGAAGGACCAGUUAUUAUGAGUCCAGACCGAUUAAUGGCCUCAUUGCAUCGCGAGGUGAUUAUGCGAAAACCCGAGGUCUUUAAGAUGGCAUGUCUCCGUGAUAUUCAGAGGCUGUUCGGUAACGAGUACCGCAACCCCUUCUAUGCGGGUUUUGGCAACCGAAUUACCGAUGCCUUGUCUUACCGUAGCGUGAACGUCCCAAGUGACCGGAUUUUUACGAUCGAUUCGAGUGGAGAGGUCAAGAUGGAAUUGCUAGAACUCGCGGGGUACAAAUCAUCGUAUAUUCACAUGACAGAUCUUGUUGAUCAGAUGUUCCCACCGGUCCACCGGCGCUGGGCUCCCGAAUACACCGACUUUAAUUUCUGGCGAGCUCCUUUACCCGAAAUCGAGCUACCGGAUUUAAGCCCUCCUUCACCAGCCCUUUCAGCUCACUCUAACACAUCUGGCGGAAGUCGACUUGGGCGACUCGUUAGUCUUGGCAGAUCAGCCUCACGCGCUUCGUCAAUUGACGCCCGGCAAGCGGAGAAGGAUGUUCGAAGUUUAGGAGAUACUGAACGUCGAAGAACUACGUCACAUCCCGGCACGAUUAUGAGAGCAGGUACUGCAAACGUGAGGCCAAGUAGCCCCCUUACUGGCCCUGCAAUGAGCGCGGAGGAUUUAGAUGUGAUAUCCGAUGCAGAAGGAAGAAUGCAAGGCGGUGUGGACAUUGACCGGGAACACCGUCGACGGAAGAGCUUUGACAGUAUGCCGGGGUCAUUUGAGGAACGGCGAUGGGUUCACGGCGCAGAUGAAGAGGACUCAGAUGAACUGGCAACCCAGGAUGAUGCUUUUGACGACGAGGGCGAGGAUGGAGACGAGGGCGAUGACGAACACGACGACGAUGAAGAUGAUGACGACGAAGAGCCUCAAUUCGAUACGUUGGCUACCGAUGAGAUGGAGGAUACACCAUUCCUAUAA